CUACGAAUGUCAAUAGGAGUUCUAUUUCACUAAUGAAACGCAACGGAAAGCCCUCCAGACGAGGAAUCCUUCGGCGUUGCGACCGGCAUGGACCACAUGCCGGUGAAAAUACAGCUCCAGCCAGUGAAAGCGGAGAAGGAGCCUUUCGAGAAGGUUUACCAGGUUGGGUCCCUGCUGGGGAGCGGGGGUUUUGGGACGGUGUACGCCGGGAGCCGGAUCGCCGACGGCUUGUCGGUCGCCGUUAAGCAUGUGGCCAGGGGGAGAGUAACGGAAUGGGGCUCCAUUAACGGCGUUAUGGUGCCUCUGGAGAUCCUGCUGCUGAAGAAGGUCAGCUCCCCGUUUAGAGGAGUCAUUAAGCUGCUGGACUGGUACGAGCGGCCGGACGGCUGGCUCAUCGUCAUGGAGCGGCCGGAACCCGUGAAGGACCUGUUCGACUUCAUCACCGAGAAGGGCGCUUUGGAUGAGGAAACGGCCCGCCGAUUCUUUGGCCAGGUGUUGGAGGCGGUCCGCCACUGCUACAGCUGCGGGGUGGUGCACCGCGACAUCAAGGACGAGAACCUGCUGGUGGACCUGCGCAGCGGGGACAUUAAGCUGAUCGACUUCGGCUCGGGGGCGAUGCUCAAGGACACCGUGUACACGGACUACGACGGUACGAGGGUAUACAGUCCGCCAGAAUGGAUCCGCUACCAUAGAUACCAUGGACGCUCGGCGACGGUGUGGUCCCUAGGCGUGCUCCUGUACGACAUGGUGUGCGGAGACAUCCCAUUCGAGCACGACGAGGAGAUCCUGCGGGGACAGCUGUUUUUCAGGAGACGCAUCUCUGCCGAGUGCCGGCAGCUGAUCGAGUGGUGCCUCUCGCAGCGGCCGUCAGAGCGGCCCACGUUGGAGCAGAUCCUGGACCACCCGUGGAUGCACGCCUCGCAGGCCCCCGGGAUCCCCCAGUGCACCAUCACGCUGCACAGCAUCGAGGCCGACGCCUCCAGCACCAGCUCCAGCAAGGAGAGCCUUUGAGGGCUCUGGGACAUCCUCUACCUUUAUGGACAUUUUUAUUUUUGUAUCUUACUGUUCCUCAUUGGGAACACCUAUUGAUUAGGUGCUCUGACCAGCAUUUACGUUUGAAACUUAAGGGUUUAUUAUUAUUACUGUUAUUUUAUUUUAAUUUCUAAAUGUACAGUUUAUUGACCCUCAUUCAGACACGCUGGCUGCUCUCAUAGAGCCUGGAUUGAUUUUAAUGUCUUCAUUUUGAGUGCCUUUUUUAUAGACUACUUUUGUGGAGGUUUCUCUAUUUAUCGCCUCUUUUUAUUGCCGUGUGUGUCUAAUGCCAGGCGUGACGCCAUGCUGGAUACUUGAAUACUCACUUGCUCUCGCUGUGCCCCCCCCCCCCUUACUCGCCCCUUCAUCCUGCACAGGUGUUUGGAAUUCGCUUCCUGUGUUAGUUGUGCUUCUUUCCUGGUUUCUUUGCUGAGGGCUCCAUGCUGCCCUCUGGUGGUGGUGGUGGUGACAUUCCCCUUUUAAAACACACCCCUCCCCCAUUUCACUGCAAAUUCUAUGUGUCCCUUGCCUGGGUCCUACUGGGACUUUGGUUUGAAAUGCACAAUCAAUGCAAUGUCUGUAUUUAAAGAUGUUUUUUUCCCCUAUAUUUAUAUGUAUUAGAUAUUCCACACAUGGUAUUUAUUUAUUUAUUUAGUUUCAUCUUAAAAUCCCUUGGCAUGUCUUUAUCAUGUCUGUUCAUUCCUCAUAUAAUACUGUGUGUGUGUGUGUGUGUGUGUGUGUGUGUGUGAUUGUGUUUGUAUAUAAAGACCUUUAUUUCAUAACAAUAACAUUGCUGAUGCACUGACAGGAGAUGUCUUUAAAAAAAAAAAAAGCGAGAGAGAUGAAUGUGUUCCCGUCCCUUCCCUGUGAUGUUUUUCCAAAUGUGAUGUUUUGGUCUAAAUUUGAACUUGUAUGACCUCCAUUCAUGGACUAUUACACAGCAAGGUUUGUUUGCAUGGAGGAAACCGUCACGUUCGGCGCAACCUGGCCCCCACCCCCUCCCAGUGUAGGAGUGAAAUGCGACAAUGGAGGAGAACUUAUUUUUAUACAAAGGUUUCAAUUAAAACUUUUUUCAUGUUACAGUU